UAUGGGCUUUUUAAUACAAAAAACAGUUGAGUUAUUCUCAGAUCAUGCAAUUGCAGGCAGUGCUUGUGGAUUUAUAACGAGAUUGCUAUGUCAACCUUUGGAUGUUGUAAAAAUUAGGUUUCAAUUGCAAGUAGAGCCAAUUUCAAGGUGUCACAUUAGCAAAUAUAAGUCUGUAACACAAGCUGUUCUGUUAAUUUUAAGAGAGGAAGGACCUACUGCUUUAUGGAAGGGUCAUGUACCUGGACAAUUAAUUUCGAUUACUUAUGGAAUGGGUCAGUUUUAUUCCUACAAUGUGUUUCUGAAAACGCUGCAACAAGUUCCAAAAAUUGAAGAAUGGCAUCACACGAUACAUUUUAUCGCCGGUACUGGUGCUGGCAGUGUGGCGACAAUCAUUUCAUUUCCUUUUGACACUAUGAGAACUAGAUUAGUGGCUCAAUCGCGUAAUCAUCAGGUAUACAAUGGAAUAUUACAUUCUUGCAGUUCGAUCCUUCGACAAGAAUCACCAAGGACUUUUUUUUUCGGUUUGUUUCCAACUUUAUUGCAAAUUGGUCCUCACACUGGCCUGCAAUUUAUGUUUUACGAGCUCUUCAAAGAUCUCUAUAAGAGAUACACCUCCAAUACCAAUAUCAGUUUCUAUAAUUCUAUUUUAUCUGGUAGCGCUGCUGGAUUUAUGGCGAAAAUGAUUGUGUACCCUUUCGAUCUCGCUAAAAAGAGAAUGCAGAUACAAGGUUUCCAGCAUGGUCGUAAAGAAUUCGGCAAAUUUUUCCAAUGCAACGGAUUACUGGAUUGCUUAAAAGUGACGGUAAAAGAAGAGGGUGCGCAAGGUCUAUUCAAAGGUUUAGUGCCGAGUCAAAUGAAAGCCGCUACGACUUCGGCUUUACAUUUUACUAUAUAUGAACAGGUUUUAUUACUAUUAAAGAUGUUGCGAUAAUAGAAACUCAAUUGAAAAGGACAUAUAAUAAUAUGUAAAUGUAAGA